AUGACGAUCGCGUUUAUCAGAUACGACAUGCCGGAGAACCCCGUCGCCUGGGAGCCCACGGACCAGUUGAUGAUGUUCCACCAGUCCCUGAACGGGGUGACUCCUCACCUCUCCUCUCGCCCUCCCUGCCCACUCUCGCCCUCUCGCUGCCGCCAGGCGGAUCCCUGCUGCCCAGCUGCCUGCAUCGGUCAAAUGCGAGUUGGGUCAGUGGCGGUGUGCACCGUGAGAGGCGGCCAAUCCCAGUGCGUGUGCCCCGGCGCUCAAGCCUACAGUGCCGCUGACAAGCAGUGCCGCGCAUGCAAGCAGGACUGUGGGAUGGCUGUGUGUGCUGUCAAGGACAAGGCAGCGCAGUGCGUGUGCCCGGGGGAUCUCGUCUUUGACUCCGCCACCACCACAUGCAAAGGUGGGCGCUCAAAUGCAGUACAGUG